CACUCGCCCUCUUUGCGCGUUACCCUUCUGCUGACCUUUUCUUGGGGUUGAGCUAAGGGAUUUACUUCUUUACUGGAAAUACCGCCGAAGAAUGGUUCAAUCGCAAAUGGAAAGGCUUAGUUUAUGACGAUCUGAACUGCAGCAGCAGCAGCAGCCAUGCCGGCCUACGCUCCAACACGCUCACCACCGGAGCGCAUCGGCCCCCUCAGGUCCCGCCGCGGCUGCAAGGCCUGCAAAACCCGAAAAAUCAAAUGCGGCGAAGAAAAACCCAGCUGUCGCCGGUGCCUCGCCGCAAAGUACAAAUGCGAGUACGCGCACACCUCCCCGACAAACACCACCUAUUCCUCACUACCAACAACGACCUCAAUCCUCGACCUCCCCAUCUCCGCAUCCCCAAACACCGUCUGGCGCGAGCGCCGCGCCUUUGCGUACUACUUCCAGCACGCAGCGCCCUCGAUAUGCACGAAGGUCACCAGAUCGAGUCGGGACUCGUGGCUCUAAAUCGGCCUCGGAUACUCACCUCCCACAGAUGCCGGACACCGGAACCCGCACCAUCGCAUCAGUCGGUUCGUUAAUCUCCGGGGUUGGUCGACGUUCAACCACCACGUCGAACGGGCCUCGAAAGAUCACUGCGUCCAUAGUAUCGUCCAUCUCGCAACUCAAUAUAGCCUUCUGUAAAAAGCACUAUCGGCUCGAUAUUAGGGUAGUUAGUACCGAACUCGGCCUUAUUCCGAGAGUAGACACCCCUCACCUAUACGUAGUUGGAGUACAUGUCCGCUGCUCGGGCCUUCGGUGCGCGCUGUCCGGCUCCGGCGGGUAAAUGGAGUCUUUCCUUGUUUUGUUUGCCCUGUGGGGGCCAAGUACGUACGUAAACCAACAGAGCGGGGUCGGGGAAGGAGCUUCCCCGCGUUCAAGGUUACAGCUGUACUUCCUACACAUCCGAGUCGCCCUGAAUGCCGAUGGUGUUUGUUCUAUAUAUAGCUGGUGGAGUACGGA